CAGCCGCGCACCAGGAGUGGCAUCGGUGAAACACGUCCAGAGAGCAGAGAAGUCGUCCUUGUCAUUCCCUGUAUGACGAUUGUGUUUAAAAGUGGGGAAAGUUGAGCGUUUUCUUUUGUUGCUCGGAUAAAAGAGAGAUGGAGAGGAGGUGCAUCAGGUGGCGUCCUCCGGCGUUGAUUUGGGUGCUAUUAAUAGUUCUAGUAGCAGUAGCCGCUCCGGCGAUCGCCAUCAGCAGAGAUGAUUUCCCCUCCGGCUUUAUUUUCGGCGCAGGCAGCUCCGCGUACCAGGUGGAAGGGGCUGCUGCAGAGGGAGGAAGAAGUCCCUGCAUCUGGGACACCUUUGCACACGAAGGGAGAACAGAGGACAAAAGAACUGGAGACAUAGCAGCUGAUCAGUAUCACAAGUACAAGGAAGAUGUGAAGUUGAUGCAUGACAUGGGCCUGGAUGCCUACAGAUUCUCUAUCUCCUGGAGCAGAGUCAUUCCUAAUGGUAGAGGCCCAGUUAAUCCAGAAGGGGUGCAGUAUUAUAAUAACUUGAUCAAUGAACUCAAGAAAUAUGGAAUUGAACCUCAUGUCACUCUUCUUCACUUUGACCUCCCCCAAUCUUUGGAAGAUGAAUAUUCAGGACUCUUGAGCCCAAAGAUUGUAGAGGACUUCACUGCUUAUGCUGAUGUGUGCUUUAGAGAGUUUGGCGAUAGAGUAAAAUACUGGAUAACUGUCAAUGAGCCCAACAUCGAACCCAUCCUUGGCCAUGAUCUGGGAAUAUUUCCACCAAAUCACUGCUCUUCCUCCUUGGCCUCUUCCCUUGGCCUCAAUUGCAGCAAAGGGAAUUCAUCUGUUGAACCAUAUGUAGCUGGUCAUAACCUUUUGCUUUCCCAUGCAUCAGCAGUCUCCCUAUACAGAAAGAAAUAUCAGCCAAAUCAAGGGGGCUAUAUUGGAAUUACCUUACUAGGGAUCUGGUUUGAGCCAGCUACAAGAUUACCAGAUGAUAUAGCAGCAGUUAAUAGAGCACUCGAUUUUCUAAUAGGCUGGUUUGCCAAUCCUAUAGUGUAUGGAAGGUACCCUUCCGUGAUGCAAAAGCUUGUAGGAUCCCGCUUACCAUCCUUCAAAUCAGAAGAGUCAACCAUGCUAAGAGGAUCUUUUGAUUUCAUUGGACUUAAUCACUAUUCAUUGGCUUUUCUGCGAGCAGCAACUGAUAACCCAGAUGACGAUUUCCGAGAUUGGUACACUGACAUGUCAGUCAGUUUCGCAUUUCCACAAACAAAAGUUACAAAGGUUUUUGUUUCAGAAGAUCCUCCCAUAACGCCUUCCACACCGUGGGCUAUGCAAAGAUUGCUCGACUACAUGAGAAACAAAUACGGAAAUCCACCAGUCUUUAUCCAUGAAAAUGGAUAUCCAGAGUACAACAUAGAUCCAGCAACUUGUGGACACGAGUACUAUGAUGAGCACAGAGCAAAUUACAUUAAAGAUUACAUAGAAAGCAUGCUUCUACCAAUAAGGAAUGGUUCCAAUGUCAAUGGCUACUUUGUUUGGUCCUUCAUGGAUAGCUUUGAGGUUGUUACUGGCUACAGAAGUCGCUAUGGUCUCAUUGGAGUUGACUAUAGUGUAGAAAACAGAACAAGGUAUCGUAGAUAUUCUGCAGAUUGGUAUUCCAAAUUUCUUAAACCUAAUGGAGGAUUUACAGUAAGAUAUGGAGAUGUUAAUGUUGAGUAGAAAUGUUUUACAUUUAAACUUAAGGAGUUGAAUGUCGAAUGCCUAAAACUUCAGCCUUAUGCUGAUGGGACCAUUAGGCAUGUUUCUAUAAGACUCAAAACGCGAAUAAAAUUCUAUUCAAUUUUUUCUCUGCUA